UUAUAACCCACCCCGAAAUCCCCUUAAUCACCCCACCCGCUUGUAGAGGGUUAUUACUUUAUUUGACAGAGAAAAAAAAAAAGCAAUAAAAUCCCAGAGUUCAAAAAUGGCAGAAGAUUCAGAAAAGAGAUUUCACAGUAUCAUGGACAAACUCUUUCACUCUCCUAAAUCUAAUCUCCCUCUUUCAUCAAGUUCAUCAAGUGGACAGAAAAUGAGAGGGCAGAAGCGCCCCUUUUCAGCAACGGAAUCGAAUUUCAAAGGGGAUAAAGGUGAAGGUCAAUAUGCAGCUCAAGCACCACCAUGUAGACCUUGGAAUAGGGAAGAUCUUAUGAGGAGGUUAGCUACAUUCAAAUCCAUGAGAUGGUUUGCUAAACCCAAGGCUGUGGAUGCUGUGAAUUGUGCAAGGAGAGGUUGGGUUAAUGUAGAUUUCGACAUCUUAGCCUGUGAAAUUUGCGGAGCACGUCUACAAUUUUCUACUCCUUCAGCUUGGAACCAGCAACAAGUUGAGAAGGCAGCUUUAGUUUUUAGCUUGAAGUUGGAGUCUGGACACAAGCUGCUUUGUCCAUGGAUUGACAAUGCUUGUGAUGCAAAGUUGGCAUUAUUUCCACCUAUGCCUGCACCUGUGUUGGUUGAUCACUAUAAAGAGCGUUCUUCUGCAUUGUUGCAACUUUCAGCUCUUCCUGUAAUACCAGCUUCAGUUGUUGAGAGCAUGAGAAGCUCUCAGUUGAAACACUUUCUCAAACAGUCAAUAGCUGUGGAAUGUGGUUCAGCACCUAAUGAUUCAUGUUGGACAGAGUAUCUCGGGAAUGAUGCUGAAGUUGUUUCUGCUGACUUGUACUAUCAGGCUCAUAGGUUAUUAAGUUUAUGUGGAUGGGAACCUCGAUUGCUUCCUUACAUGGUUGAUUGUGAGGACCAGCCUAAACUGUCUGGUAGCAAUGACAACACCUCCAACUUGUCUCACGCAGCAGCUGAUGAGCAGAGCAAUAGGCUGUCUGUGUCCAUGUCUGGUUCCAAUGAAAGCAUUAGGGAAGACGGCGAUCCUGGGGCUUCCAGUUUCUAUUAUGAUCCUAAUUCUACUGUAUUGGAUUGCAAGCUUUGUGGGGCAAGCAUUGGGUUAUGGGCCUUUGCAACAGUUCCUCGGCCCCUAGAAUUGGUUAAAGUAGUUGGUCAAGCUGAUAUUGGUGGUGGAAGCAAUCUUGGCAGCAAGACAUCUGCAAUUGAAAAUCAUGCCAACAAUGGUAAAAGUGAUGUUUCUGCUGCAAAUGGAGAAGCUGCAUCACCGAGGAAAACAGUGUUGAAUUUGACAAUUGCUGGUGGACCUCCUCCAACUAGACAGAACUUCAGGGCAACAAUCUCCUUACCUGUUAUUGGUCGUAAUGUAAGGACUCGACUUUCUUACAUGUCAUCAGAUGUAAGUACUGGUGAAGAGGAACCUAUAGCUUUUAAUGCCAUUAUGGACGGUUUAACCAAGGACAAGCAAAAUGAAGAGACAAACUCUGGUGUAAGUAGUUCUGAGCCACAAGAUAACACACCUUCAACUGCCGAUAUUGCCAAAUCACAGGAGAUGAUUGUAGAUAGUACGGCAUUGAGGAAGGAAACAUUAAGCUUAACUAGUGGUGAACAGAACGAGAAUGAAGUAAGAGACAUUGCAACGACUACUUCACAAAAGGACAUGGCAACAUUGAGUGUUGAUGAGGAUAUAAGCCGGCAAUCACCCAAUAAGAAGAUGGAGUUUCAUCCAAUAAGGCAGCACCGGCACUUUUGCCCUUGGGUUGCAUCCACAGGGACUGUUUCCCCAGGAUGGCAACAAACUUUGUCAGCUCUGCAGAAAGAAAAAGUGUUUACAGUUCCAGAAUUGGAGGGUUCUCCUUCUUCUCCAUCUCCAUCUCUUAUCAUGGUUGAUGAUCCAAUUACGUCUAUUAGAAAACUCUUUGAGUCUCCACCAGCUAAAAGACCGAAACAUGCUUCAAAAUAAUAUUUACAGUUUGACCAAGAUAGCUGAUGCUGCUGGAUGAUCUCCAAGACAUACAUCUAUUUCUGACCUUUACUAUGAUGUAGUAGGUAAAUGCAUCUUCCUGCAUCAAUUUUAGCAGGCCACAAUUCGUGAUUAUCACUUUUGAGUAAGGACGGUUGAAACCCCUCUCAGCCACUACAGCUCUCUUGUCACCAAUCAACUUCGCCACCCUGAAAUUUGUAGAACCAGGCAAGUUUUGUUAGUAAAGACUAGUAUGAUGUAAGACAAACAGUUCGGAAAACUAAUUGCUGAAAUUUAUAGUGAAAUCAACCCCCCCCCCCCCCAUGCUGUGUGUGUGGGUUCCUUUUGUUGA